GCUCUCUCAGUUCGCUCGCGACCGUUGAAAGUAGCUGUUUAACCGAUUCUGGCCGGCUGUUUUUCUAUCGGAAUCUGAAAAAACUCUUGCCCCCAAAAACACAACAAACUGUUGCACGUGUUGCACAGAGUCUCGAUUGCAUUCUCUGAAAAGCACUUGGCCAUAGAGGCAUAGAGGAAAAUAGAAAAACACAUUCAGAAUGGGCUGCGCAACGGGCACCAUCAAGUACUCUCUGUUCCUGUUCAAUGCCUUAUGGGCGAUACUCGGUAUAUUGGUGCUUAUCUUUGGCGGCCUCGGGUGGGGGGCGAUGCCAAAUCAUUAUGCCAUUGGCACUCUCGUUCUGGGCGGAAUUAUGCUCCUGAUAUCCGUCUUUGGCUGCAGUGGCGCCGUUCGUGAAUCGCCGCGCAUGCUCUGGACGUACGUAUCACUGCUGGUGGUGUUGCUGGUGCUGAUAGCCACCUUCAUUGUUAUCCAGCCACGGGAUGUGUUGAAGAAGCAUGCCCUGCAGACGGUCGAAACUGCUUGGAAGCUGGAGCAGACGCAGCCCGGUAGCAUGGAUAGCAUCCAGAAGACAUACUCCUGCUGUGGGCUAAAUAGUGCCCAGGAUUAUCUGGAGAUCAGCUACUGGAACGACAGUGUGCCCAACAGCUGCUGCAAGGGCAACAAUUGUGUGAAUCCCCUGAAUCUCUAUGCCGUUGGCUGCCUCACCAAGGUGGAGGAGGAGUACUCGGACGAGUCCGCCAUGUUGCGCUACCUGGAGUGGGGUCUCCUCGGUUUCGAUGUCGUUAUUCUCUCACUGGCCAUCAUCUUGGCCAUACACUACACGAAUCGCCGACGACGCUAUAACUAUUAACACGUUCAUAUUUAGCACCUAAUCAAGUCAAUCUACUUAACAUUUACCAGUCUCAUUUGUAAGUCACGCCGAUGUACCUUGCUUAGAACCACAGCACACAGCGCUCUGUAUGUGUUCCACUUGCCAAGCAAUUGAAGUUGCCUUAAAUAUACAAUUCAUACAAACAAA